UGAUAGAGAGUACCUGGCCUCUAGACACAGCUUUUAGAGCUAGGGGCACCAGUCAGACAGUGACUGCAGCUCUGAAGCCCAGGGUCUACAAAUGGAAACACUAUGAGGACUGUUUUUCUGUUGCUUAUUUUUUGUCAUGUUGCAUCUACAGUGAAACACUCCCUGGAAUAUCUUUUCACCUCCUCCAAUGGACUCUGGGAAUUUCCAGAGUUUGUUGGUGCUCUGAUGGUUGAUGGAGUUCAGCUCUCAUACUGGGACAGCAACAGGAAGACAGUGAAGACAGAUGACUGGAUGACAGAAUUCAUGAGAGACAACCCAGAUCACCUGCAGUGGUAUUCAAGGGAGUGUUUGAAGAAUCAGUAUGACUUCAGAUCUCUCAUGGGCGACAUCAGGCAGCACUUAAAUCAAAGUGAAGGUGUGCACAUUUUACAGAUGAGGGGUGGCUGUGAGUGGGAUGAGGAGAAUGAAGAGACUGCCAGUUUUAUGACGUAUGGUUAUGAUGGAGAGGACUUCAUGGCACUGGACCCACAACAGCUGACAUGGAGGGCUUUAAAACCUGAGGCGCUGUCUACCAAACUCGUAUGGGAUACUUACAAUCAUCGAUUAGAAUACAUAAAACGCUUCUACAUCAAUGACUGCCCCAUUCAACUGAAAAAGUAUGUGCCCUAUGUGAGAAAGCUUAUCCAGCGAACAGUGCUUCCCUCAGUGUCUCUCCUCCAGAAGUCUCCCUCCUCUCCAGUCAGCUGCUUUGCCACAGGUUUCUACCCUGACAGAGCUGUGAUGUUCUGGAGGAAAGAUGGAGAGGAGAUUUAUAAGGGCAUGGAGCACGGAGAGAUCCUCCCAAACAAUGAUCACACCUUCCAGAUGAGUGCUGACCUGAACAUUUCAUCAGUGAAACCUAAAGACUGGAAGAAGUAUGACUGUGUGUUUCAGCUCUCUGGAGUAGAGGAGGACAUCAUCAGCAGACUGGACAAACCAUCGCUCACUAAUACUGAUACCAAUAUUGCAGGUUUCGACUACUGGUUGUAUGUGUCUCCUGGAUUUGCUGCUGUUCUCCUGCUAGUCUGCCUCUUCGGAUUUCUCAUCUGGAGAAAAAAGAAAAAGGGGAUGACGCAGGCAUCAUCACGGACCGAGCCUCCGUCAUCUACUCCCCUUCUCAUCCUCGAUAACACCUUAAUCAUCGGAGAUUCAAUAAUAGAGAAGAUCCAUCUUUCGAAAGCCAUCAUUAAAGGUUUCUCCGGAGCCACCAUCCCCAGGAUCCAGGAAGAACUCCUGAAAAUUCUCCCCUCACUACCCCCCUCUGUGAGCAGGAUUGUGCUUCAUGCUGGAACUGAUGACACCACCUGCACAGAAGAAAUUACAAUGAAUUUAAACUCGCUUUUUCAAGUUUUAAAGGACACAGGAAAGACUGUUUUUAUCUCAGGCCCCAUACCCGCACUCAGCGGCAGUGCAUGGGUGACGCACGUAAACACCGAGCUCUGCAUCGCUUGCACCACCUAUAAAUUUAUUUUUGUAAACAAUGUCAAUAUUUCUUGGGAUGAAGGAUCUAUAUUCCUACUUGAUGCAGCUAGUCGUGAGAGGUGGGUUUGCCAAAUGUUGACUGAAAAUAUUUUACGUGAGAUCUGCUUCUCACAACAUCUGACAGUCUGACAGUCUGCACCCAUGAGUGCUCCCCAGGUUGCUAUAGCACCAUGGGUGUAGUCCCCUUCUGGCUGACCGUUCAGGUCGGCCCUACAAAUAGGUCUGUCUGUGUUUGACUGACUGACUGACUGACUGAGUGACCUGCUCUACUUUCAGAGCCAUAUCACACAGAGAUGCACUAGGGCUUGGCAAUUAAUCAAAAAUUAAAACGUAAUAUGGCCAGCUGCAAUUUUCAAAUUGCAAAAGGUGCAAUAUUUCUUUGACCUGAAAUUUGUGUCAAAAUACCAGUUUUAAACUUUUUUCUUUUUUUGGCAGAGAUGUUAUGCAUGAUGUAUCAUGCAACCAUUCAGGCGCCAUUUAUUUAGAAAAGUCUUCCAAAAAUCCAACCUUCUUCAUUUUUGUACUCUUAUAAAAUAAAAGAAUGACAAAAACCCUUCAAUGCAAUAACUCAUAUCCAAUUUGCAAUACCAGUCAAAAUCAU